AUGGAUAGAGGUUCUAGACUGACUGAUGAACACGGGAGGAAAUUAGAUUGCUCUUUCACAGUUGAGGAUAUCAAGAGGGUUCUAGAUGCUAUCCCUAGCUCCAAAGCUCUUGGAAUGGAUGGUUUUAAUAGCUAUUUCUUCAAAGAAGUUUGGGGUACCAUCAAAGAGGAUGAUAUUGUGAAAAUGAAUAGGAACAGUCAGCAUGUCCCUUGUUGCUUGAUGAAACUAGACCUGCAAAAAGCCUAUGAUACUGUUGAUUGGAACUUCUUGGAGGAAGUUAUGACUAACUUGAGUUUUCCUACUCAUUUCAUUCAGCUAGUUAUGACUUGCCUCACCACCACUCAGUAUUCAGUUUUGAUAAAUGGUGUUCCAACAGAGUUGAUUCAACCAACCAGAGAGGUGAUCCAAGUGUUUUUUUUUGUGAUGUUGGAGGGGUUUAAGCUUUUCUCUAGUACAACUGGCUUGCAAGUAAAUGCAGCCAACUCCUCUAUUUACUGUUGUGGUAUCAGCCAAGCAGAUAAAGAAACAAUCAGUCAUUUAUCUGGGUUUAAGUUUGGCACUCUUCCUUUCAAAUACUUGGGGGUUCCCAUUAGCACUGGCAAGCUCAAAAGUUGUGAAUGUGAAGCCCUUGUGGAAAAAAUGACUCUAAGAAUUAAAAUCUGGAGUUCUAGGCAUAUCUCAUUUGCUGGAAGAAUUCAGUUGAUUAACUCAGUUUUGAUGAGCAUUUGUGUUUAUUGGGCACAAAUGUUCAUUUUCCCCAAAGCUGUACUGAAAAAGAUCAAUGUUAUAUGCAGAUCCUACCUUUGGCAUGGUUCUUAUGAUGAUGGUAGACCUGGUGCAGUGGCAUGGGAUAAGCUUUGUUGGCCUAAAUCUCAUGGUGGUCUAGGUUUCAGAAACCUCCUCUUGUGGAAUCAAGCUGCAAUGGGUAAGCUGGCUUGGGCAGUGGCAAAGAAACAAGAUAAUCUCUGGGUCAGAUGGGUGCAUGCAGUUUAUGUCAAGAGAAAAGUGUGGGCUGAGUUCACCCCCUCCUCCACAACAAGUUGGGUGGUGAAGUAUAUUUGUCAAGUCAAACACUGGUGCAAUUUGAGAUUCUCAGCUUAG